AUGUUGGAUGUCAAGGUUUUUGUCAUCGUCGCCUUCGGCGUUUUCCGAGGUGGUAAAGUGGGUCUCCUGAAUCCUGAUGUCACUUACUUUACUUGUGGAGUUUUGGUUACGGCUCUGAUCAUCACGCCCUUGCUGCUUGUUUGUUACAUCAUGGGAGCAACAGAUAUCCAGAAAACUAUUCUGGAAAUUCCCUUGAACUUCGUGCUAUUCGUGUUAAUGCUGACGGUAGGAUCUGUGACUUUGAAGGCAGGAUCUGAGAUUGUGGGGGCAGGAUCUGUGACUUUGAAGGCAGGAUCUGAGAUUGUGGGGGUAGGAUCUGCGACUGUGAAUAUAGGACCUUGGAUGACUAAGUUUUUCGAUGCCAAAUUAAAGGGAACCUCCAUUAAGAUACCAAAAGAUGUAUCCUCCUAUAGCAGACCAGAUGACAUGGCGAUGGGAAGUUUCUGCAUUUUGGCUUCCGUCGCCUACUUCGGUGAUUUUGUCCUCUCGUUGUUGUAUUUCAGGAAGAAAUAAACCUGACAUCAUCAAGUCUUCUUUGUACAAAAGAGAAAGGCAAGUACCAGGUCUUCCAUUGUAUGAGGAGCUCGUAGAACAGAUGGACCCCUUCGGAAUUGUCAGCAUCACUAGAAAGCAGGCGAGCGAAAACGCGUAGUAUACUCCUUCAGUCAGUCUUAAAUUUAAAAAUCCCACUGAGCCAAUUUCUUUAACUUAUCGAGGUAUGCUAUGGGCUAAUAAAGGUCAAAGAACAAUGUUUAUAUUGUGCAGACAAUAUUUUUGCAACAUGUUUUUCAGAAAUGAAUAAUGAUGGGGAAAAACAUUUUUUUAAAGAUAACCUUUAUGGCAUUGUGGUAUGCAUUUCCAAUCUAUGUUAAGUACUAAUUUCGUUCUAGAAAAGUGUUAGAUAAAUGGAAGUAAAGAGGUAACUCGAAAGGUAAUCAUGACUUUUCUUUUAGUUCAGACUUUAGAAGUAAGUUUUCCUAUUGGUGCUUUUCAUGUUAGUAAAAAAGUUUCAUAAAAUUGGUAUAUUAAUUUGUUUGUCGUAUAAAAAUUCCCUAAUAAAAUGACAUGUCUUUUCUAAUGUAACUUUAGACCAAGAUUCUUUUCCCCAGUGCCUCGCGAAGUGCGGUUCGUUUUUUUAUUUCAAUAAUCUGGUUCAUUUCCAAAUAACUUCCAUCAAUUCAAAUAUAUGUUUUAUAGGAAGCGCACCGUAAAUAAGGACAUUGUUUGCAGAAAAGUCAAGUAUAUCUUAGUUUAACCAGACCACUGAGCUGAUUAACAGCUCUCCUAGGGCUGCUGGCCCGAUGGAUUAGAUUUGUAUUGACGUGGCUAGGAACAAAUUGGUUACUUAGCGACGGGACCUACAGCUUAUUGUGGGUUCCGAACCACAUUACAUCUAGAAAUUAAUUUCUAAUCACCAGCAAUACUUUCCUCUGAUUCCACGUUGGCAGAGUCGUGAAUCGAACUCAAGACUAUCGAAUCGGUAGGGGAGCACGUUAACCACUCGUCCAACGAGGAGCUAGUUAUUUGCAGACUUCACAAAAACAACCCCCUGAAGUGAGCAGAGCAAACUGCCGCCUUUUGGUCUGCAACUGAAAUUGUGGACAAUGGGAGUGAGGACAUUCACGGCGAAAUCCUAAACAAAGGAAGGCUACAGUGAAAUGUGAGCAGUAAUGAUGACCAAUGGAUAUCGUAACGGUGGAUGUCGUUGCACUGUUAUAGGCCAAAAGGGCAGACAAAAAGUAAGGUUUAAUUAUAACCAGUGAUACCAUGAAAACUGUACACAAGACAGCAGCAGUAUUUUGUCAGGGGCCAAAAUGACGCAAAAGAAUCAAGCGAAACAUCAACUUCAGAUGCACAGAAUGAAACUGAAAGGAACGCGUCCACAUAGACUAAGUGAA